GCCGAGCCAGAGCCCCGCGGAGCCUGGACGCAGCCCCAGCCGCAGCCGGAGCCGGUGGAGCCCGGACACCGGACCCCGCGCCCCGGCGGCGCCGGAGCCCCGGCCGGAGAAGGCAUGUGCCCUGGGCUGUCAGACACCCUUUAACCUGGUGGUCAAGAUGAGGCUGGAAUCUGCGAGGCCUGCAGCCUGAGCAGUAGCAUGGCCUGCCAAUGAGGUGAACACCAUGGCUGCAGGGGGUAGCCGGGCCUUUGCCUGGCAGGUGUUCCCACCCAUGCCCACCUGCCGGGUGUAUGGCACGGUCGCACACCAGGAUGGGCACCUGCUAGUGCUGGGGGGCUGUGGCCGGGCUGGGCUGCCCCUGGACACUGCCGAGACCCUGGACAUGGCCUCACACACAUGGCUGGCACUAGCACCCCUGCCCACUGCUCGGGCUGGCGCGGCCGCUGUGGUGCUGGGCAAGCAAGUGCUAGUGGUGGGAGGUGUGGACGAGGGCCAGAGCCCAGUAGCUGCCGUGGAGGCCUUCCUGGCCGAUGAGGGCCGCUGGGAGCAUCGGGCCACCCUCCCACAGGCCGCCAUGGGCAUCGCCGCUGUGGAGAGAGACGGCCUGGUGUACGCUCUGGGCGGAAUGGGCUCCGACACAGCCCCCCAGGCCCAGGUCCGGGUGUACGAGCCCCGCCAGGACUGCUGGCUCUCACUGCCUUCUAUGCCCACGCCCUGCUACGGAGCGUCCACCUUCCUGCACGGGAACAAGAUCUAUGUCCUGGGGGGCCGCCAGGGCAAGCUCCCCGUGACUGCUUUUGAGGCCUUUGACCUGGAGGCCCGGACCUGGACCCGGCACCCAAGCCUGCCCAGCCGCCGGGCCUUUGCCGGCUGCGCCAUGGCCGAAGGCAGCGUCUUCAGCCUGGGGGGCCUGCAGCAGCCUGGGCCCCACAACUUCUACUCGCGCCCGCACUUCGUCAACACCGUGGAGACGUUCGACCUGGAGCGCGGCUCCUGGACCAAGCUGCCCCGCGGCCUGCGCAUGAGGGAUAAGAGGGCCGACUUUGUGGUCGGCGCCCUUGGGGGCUACAUUGUGGCUGUGGGGGGACUUGGGAACCAGCCGUGCCCGCUGGGCUCCGCGGAGGGCUUCAGCCUUGCCCGGCGGCGCUGGGCAGUGCUGCCCGCCAUGCCCACCGCCCGCUGCUCCUGUUCCAGCCUGCAGGCGGGGCCCCGGCUGUUUGUCAUCGGGGGCGUGGCACAGGGUCCCAGCCAGGCUGUGGAGGCUCUGUGUCUGCGUGAUGGGGUCUGAAUCCUGCGGGGACCUUGUCCCCUGGAGCAGCUCAGGGCCAGAGGCAGCUGCUCUGUGGGAUGCGGGCGCUGUGACACAGCCGUGGGGACGGGCGGGAGGCGCCAUCCAUAGCGUAGGGUACCCAUACGCUUCCACCACCUCACCCCCCUUCACUCAUGGCCCUGGCCUCCCCGACCCUUGCUCUGGGACCUACGGGCCCUCUGUCCGAUUGGGAAGUGGGGGAGGGAAGAGCCGGCCUCAGCCCUGCAGGGUCAGUGCCUGCCUGGAGUCGACCAGGCCUCCCCGUGACUAUUCCUGAGAAGUCCUGCCUGCCAGCCUGCCUUGGAGGCCCCUGGGGACCCAGGAGAGUUGGGGAGGGUGGGGGACACAGAGGGAAUGGAAGAGCAACCGCAGGAACCUCCAAAGGGUCAAAAACGUUAGCCUUGGGCCCUUUACACUGUUGGCUGUGUGACCUCGGGCCGGUCAUUUCACCUCUCUGUGCCUCAGCAUCCUCACCUAAACGGGGAUCUCCGAAACCUUCCUGCCCUACCUACCUCACAGGGCUGUUGUGAGGACCCAGGGAGUUCAGAUAUGGAAGUAAAGAUGCUGCUAAAAGCUGGUGUGUGGCCCUGGUGUGGACUCCUGUCCCCCGCAGCCCUGUCCUCCUGUGGAGCUUCCAUUGUCCCAAGGAUAAGGGUCUAGAAGAGCCUUUUCGAUCGGCUGCUGCACCCAAAGUGUCUGCUGUCUCAGCCCCUCCUCAGCCUCCGAUUCUCCUUGGGGACCCAGGGCGGCCGCUGUCCCGCUGUCCUGGAUGGUGGGGGUCCUCGCAGGACAAGCAGAAAAGGACCACACACCGUGCGGGCAGGACGCUCCCCAGGCCUGGGCCUCAGCAUCUCGGCCACACCUUGCUCGCCGCCAACGGUCUCGUGGGGUGUGGCGGACAGCCUCCCUCCGUCCCAGCUGCAGGGAAGCCGUCUGCUGGGCAGGACUGUGUAGCCGCCACCAGACCCCUAGAGGUGAAGCCCCCGAGAAGCCAAGCUGCUGGCCCUCGCCUCGUCGUCCUGGCUUCGCUGCCAUUAGUUAGGGCCACUGGCUCUGGCUUCCUGCAGUCUCACUGAGUGUGAGGGGCUCACAGCUGGGUUUGCUGCAAGAAUGGAUUUGGGGUCCCAGAACCCAUCUGCUGUGGCCAUGGUAACCCUCCUGGACCCAUAGCCUCCUGCUGGCUGUGCCCCUUCUCACUCAACGGCAGAGCUCCCAAGGCAACAACCCCUGCCCAGCACAUAGGCACCAGGGGCACCAGUGCCAUAGGAGCCGGGCAUAAGGCCUGG